CCCACGUGCACAGACAAUAAAAAUAGUCAGCCACUGGGAAGGCAGGCAGCAGGAGGACACCGACAACACGCAACACAGGCAGCAACGGACCCUCCCCCCCUCUCAUGAAGGCUAAACAUGGAGGCUAGAUCGCAUCUUCUUCCUUUCCCCUCCCCUCACCCAUGCGCUGCCCGUGCGACGGCCCCUCCGGCCGAGGCCCACAGAAGAUGCCUUCCUUCUCAGCGCUUUGUGCACCUUCAUGAUGGCCUUCUUGACGCGUUUGGCGGCCCUCCUCAACACCUGUGCCGUGCUGCCAAACGCGUCAAGAAGGCCUUCAUGAAGGCGAUGCCUUCGGCUCCCGCCCCGGGCGGACGACUUGCGCCGAGAGGACGUGCGCGGAGACUUACGGCGGGACCUGCGGAAGCGAUGAGGACCCACACCAGAGGUGGUGGUCUCCUGAGGAGACACAGCGGCUGCAGACGACCCUGCGCUCGUAGAGAGCUCCUCAGGGCGAGAGGCGCUGAUGGACAUGGCGUGGGGGGCGGUGGUGUGUGUGGGGGGGAAGAAGCCGAGGGCGAUGUACUCGGCGAAGAGGGGUGUGAGGGCCGGGUCAUCGAAGUAUGGGUGACACGCGAGCUGGGCAGCAGUCCACCGGCACGUCGGCAGGCACAACAUCCUGCAGACAAUGAAUGAAUGGGACACACACAGGUGCACACACACGCAAGAUGCAAGACGCCCCCUUCUCUGACUUACUUCGACAGCACAGAGAUGAGGCCCUCGUGCUGGACACCCAGCUGCCGUAUCUUGGCUUUGCUCCGCUCCCCGCUGCUGACGUCGAUGUCGCGGAAGAGGCCAGGCGGGAGCCCCAUCGCCGCGGCUUCGUUGCCGGUCGGCCGCCCAGUGAAGUCGAAAAGCGUCCGAGACCUACGCAAACACAUACACAGAGAGAGAGGACAUACGGCCAUCCAUCCAUCCAGCCGCGUGUCUGUGUGUGUAUGAGUGUGCUAAAGUACACGUUGGCGAGUUCUGUGUUGCUGGGCGUGGCAAGGGGGAAGAUGUCCUUCCACGAGUUCUUGCCCGUGGCCAUCUCCAGCCCCAGUACGCCGGCCUGGAAGAUGUCGCCCUGCCGCACACUGUAUGCCGGGAAAAGACCGCAACCUGGACGAACGACAAAUAACACACACACGCAAAAGCAAAAGACGCCCCUCAUUCUUGAUGGCCCACCUCCCUCCGUGUCUCGGUCUUUGUUACCUAUUGGGUCAUCGUGUGCCGCGUAAGGCCACGCCAUCUCUGGCGUCACGUAGCCUGGCGUCCCUUUGGCUCCCUGGAACGUCCCCGAGCCCUCCCCGUGCCCCCCGUACGGUGUCUUGGGGUGGACGCUUAGGCCGAAGUCGAUGGCCUUCAUGAUGGGCAGGCCACCCUCUCCUCUCCUCACCAGCAGGUUUGCGCGAGAGAUGUCGCCGUGCGCAAUCCCGAGCUCAUGCAGGAAAGCCAGCAUGCGGACGGACUGGUAGAGGACGGCUUUGAUGUCGGCGUCAGACAGCACUGAGCUGGUCAUCCACUUGUCCGCCGACUGGUACCCAUCCAGCAGCUCCAGCUGUAGCCACUGGUCGCCCUGCCGCGUGCUGCUGUGGUCGAGGAAGCUGCCGUACCUCUUGACAAUGUUCGGAUGCCAGCCGCUGCGAUAGAGCUCCUUAGAUCUGCCGGCUGCGAGGGCUCGGGCUUCUGCAUUUGAUUGCAGGACGUCAUAAAGAAGUACCUCGUUGAGGCUGCUGAGGUGGAUGGUGCCACCCGUCGCCCCGGGCCGCCGCACUGGCUUGAAAAUUUUCAUCGCAAAGAGGCGGUUGGGGUCGGGAUAGGCCCUGUCCUUGGCUCUGUGUACCGUAGAAUAAGCCCCCUCACCGAAGGGUUGGGCUUGAACGUCGAAACGGCCAGAAAAGAUGGAAUUCGAAGACAUGACGGUCUGUCCCGAGAGCGGAAUUUGAGAGCGGGGAGGCUAGAUGAUGGCUGGGCCUUGCAGAGAGAUGGUCAGAGAGCAAAAAAGGCAGCUGUUUAGGAAACAGGCGAUAUCAGAUGCAUCACACGAUGCUUUCCAUACAUGCGCA